CAUCAGUUGAAUUCAAUCGAUUGCUUGUGCAUUUAGCAAAUCAAAGCCACAACAACCAAACCAGAAUCAAUAUGAAGUUCUUCUCAGUCGUCACCGUCUUUGUGUUCGGUCUGCUGGCUCUGGCCAACGCUGUUCCCCUGUCGCCCGAUCCAGGAAAUGUGGUAAUCAACGGGGACUGCAAAUACUGCAAUGUGCACGGUGGAAAGUAGGAAAGUAGGAAAGUAGGAAAGUACUCGCCUUAAUUUCGAAGAUGGGCCAAAACUUACCUCAAAUCCAAAGCACCAUAUUUAUACUCUCACUCUUGUACUAAAAUGAAAACUAGUAGUAAAAAAUACAUCGCCAAUUACAAAUAAAAUGGUGAAAAAAC